AUGCAAAAGAAUCUAGGACCCCUGACGAAAGAGGUUCGUGUUCCAGGAUCCCUGGAGACUGAGGUUCGUGUUCCAGGAUCCCUGGAGACUGAGGUUCGUGUUCCAGGAUUUCUGGAGACUGAGGUUCGUGUUCCAGGAUCCCCCAAGACUGAAGUUCGUGUUCCAGGAUUUCUGGAGACUGAGGUUCAUGUUCCAGGAUCCCCCAAGACUGAGGUUCAUGUUCCAGGAUCCCCCAAGACUGAGGUUCGUGUUCCAGGAUCCCCUGAGACUGAGGUUCGUGUUCCAGGAUUUCUGGAGACUGAGGUUCGUGUUCCAGGAUCCCCCAAGACGGAAGUUCGUGUUCCAGGAUUUCUGGAGACUGAGGUUCGUGUUCCAGGAUUUCUGGAGACUGAGGUUCGUGUUCCAGGAUCCCCCCAAGACUGA